GCUGACUGCAAAUCAAUGAAGCCAGUCAAACGGGGCUGGGCAAUCGAAGUUGGGACAAUUUACGGAGGUUUCUGUUGCCGGAUAGUCGACGACAACAAGGAUAUGUAUACAGCUAAUAUGUAUAGCAUUUCAUUUCUGUGUCCAUUAUCGGAGUAAGGAGGAUUUCGAUGUCAAAAACAUUUCUACUUAUACGAGGAGUUUGAUAUAUUUCGCUUGAAAAUUGUAGCUUAACUAAAGAAAAACAGCCCCUAUUCGAACUGAGGAUGAUUUUUGCCAAUACUGGAAACCCACUAAGGACUCCGUAUCGCAAACAGCCACUUGUUGCCCCGUCGUCCCACCCCAUGGCUCCCCCCAGCCCGAGCAGCAGCAGCAGCAGCACUGCAGGCUGGGACCAGCUCAGCAAAACCAACCUCUACAUCCGAGGCUUGUCCCCCUCUACCACAGACCAUGACCUGGUCAAGCUCUGUCAGCCGUAUGGCAAAAUUGUGUCAACAAAGGCCAUCCUGGACAAGACUACAAACAAAUGUAAAGGAUAUGGCUUUGUGGACUUUGACAACCCCACUGCAGCUCAGAAAGCUGUGGCUGCCCUGAAGACCACUGGUGUCCAAGCUCAGAUGGCAAAGCAACAAGAACAAGACCCGACAAACCUUUACAUCUCCAACUUGCCCAUGUCCAUGGAUGAGCAGGAACUGGAGAACAUGUUGAAGCACUUCGGCCAGGUCAUAUCCACGCGCAUCCUGAGGGACUCCAGUGGACGCAGCAGAGGGGUGGGCUUUGCAAGGAUGGAGUCAACUGAAAAAUGUGAUGCAGUCAUUUCUCACUUCAAUGGAAAGUUUAUUAAAACACCUGCAGGUGUUCCAGUAUCAUCUGAACCUUUGCUGUGCAAGUUUGCUGAUGGUGGACAGAAAAAGCGUCAAAAUCAGAAUAGAUUUGUCCUGAAUGGUCGUGGCUGGGGAAGAGACGGUGACUCUAGACUGGCUGGAAUGACACUCACAUAUGAUCCCAGUGCAGCUGCUUUGCAAAAUGGAUUUUUCCAACAAGCAUACAGUAUUUCAAACAGGAUGAUUGCUCAAUCCAUGUCUCCUUACAUGUCUCCUGUUUCAGCAUACCAGAUGCAGAACCCAUCCUGGAUGGCUCAUCAACCCUACAUCUUGCCCCACCCUGGUACUGUGUUAUCGCCCUCUAUGGACCCAUCUAUGUCACUACAGCCUACUUCCAUGAUGGCCCCUCUUGCACAGCAGAUGAGUCACCUCUCGAUGGGCAACGCAGGAACGUUCAUGGCGGCUAACUCAGCUAUGCAAGGAGCAUAUAUUCCACAGUAUGCACACAUGCAGACAUCAAAUGUUCCUUUAGAGGUACGUGCAACAACAUCACUGCAGCCUGAUGAAUGAAAAUGGUGCACAGUCACAAGUGGACUCUUCCGGCAAUCAUUCCCCAUAUUCCUACCAACAAACCAAGUAGUUCUGAGGUAACAUUUGGAACAACAGCUGAAACAAUCAUGUCUACGGAUGCUGAGGAUCUUUUCACUGUUUUGCACAGGUUCUGCAAAUGUUUAAGUGAGACUAUUUUUGGUAUCAUGUUCAGAGAGAAUAUCUGACUUCAUCAAUAUAUAUAAAAAAAAAUGUUUUGAAAAAGUUUUAUUUUCAUACUAGAAAACGUUUAUUUUUUACCGAGGAUUGCCACAGGAUACACAGAAGAAUCAUGGGACUAGUUGUUCAAGGUGCAUGAUAGUAAAUAUGUUUUUGUUGAUAUUUCCAGACUUCUUUUUUGACAUUUUGAAAAUGAUGUUUUGUGCUUGCUGUGUGAGUGUUGCUCUGGUGAAGUGUUACGUGUUGUUUUCUUGUAAAGUGAUUUCUCGUAGUGCUUUAGAUUGAUCUUGCUGUCGGAUUCAAAUUCGCCUUCAUAGUUAUGAUACACUGACCACAGAGAGCAGCAAUAAGCAAAACAAAAUGUUGAGAGCUUUUGCCUUGGAAAUUAGCGAAUCUUUUAAAUCAAUGUGUUAUUGCUUUCCCCUACAAAACUAAUAGAAAAGUAGAUGGCAUUUUAGAGAAACCGUUUUUAAUGAGUCCACAUCUGAGAUUUAAUUCAAUGUAAUAUUUAUUUAGUAAGAAGACUUUUCAUGUUUCUGGAUGUUGGACUGUGUUACCUUUUUGAAUCUUGCCUUUUUGAUUACUUGGUAUUGUAGAUGAAAUUGAACUUGGUAGGGUGGGGGAAUGAGAAGGGGAACGUGUUUUGUUUGUCAUUUGUGUUUUUAUCUUUUUGGGUGAUGUUUAUGUUUUUUUUGAUGGGGUGUGUCUUUUUCACAUUUGAUAAACAAACAGAAAAAACAUAGACUUAUGAUUGUGCAAAAAAACGAAUUGCAGCCUUGUAAAAGAACGUAGGCAAAAGUUCAGCGAGUUGGGGGUGUAAAAUAAGAUGACUACGUGUGUAUGUUUGCACCUCGCUCUUUGAAAGGAAACAACCUGGGCACUUUCAAUUGUAAUUUACUUCACCAAAGAUUGUGAAAUAGUACAUUGUUGAAAUCAUGUAUCUCUUUAACCCAGGACACAAGUGACUCUGCAAACCAGAUUGCAGUUUGGAUAGUGUGCCUUUUUUGUACAAUAAGGUUCAGUUUUCAUAGGUAAUAGUACAGUACGGACACACACAAGCAUGAAGUGCAACAAAUUAAUUUCACACAUAAAAAUGCAUCAUGGGUAUGAAUACGUUGAAAAGAAAGAACAUUUAAACUACUAUAGGUGAGCGUUACAACCUUCUUAAAAGAACAAUUCAGAUAAUGUUUUGAUCUUAGUGGAUUAAAGUAGGCUUAUAUUUCAUUAUGGUAUCCUCCAGUAAGCCUGGGAUUCGACCUGGUGGUCAGUGAGAGCAGUUAUCUACCUCAGAGUUUUCUUUCUCCUCUGUAGUAGGUCGGGUUAGCAGGUCCAGCCCCACCUUCCAGACCAAAUGCCACGCUCAGGAGCUGGCCACAUACAGUUGUUUCCUUAUAGGUCGUUUUGAAUACUUUUUGAUUUCCUUCAAACCUAUUUUUUUUAAUGAUGUAUUAGUGUAAUCAUUUGAGUAGGCAACUACAUGUUCCUACUCAUGUUCAAACAUCCAGUUUCAUAGUUUAAGCUGCUUUUAUGGCAAUAAAUACCAGAGGCUGAAAAUUGUUUAAACAAUGACAACAAAGCAUGGGGUUAACUGGAUCUGUUCUCCUUGUCUCCAACAUGUUUGUUGCUUUGUCGAGGGUCUAGACAGACUCACAGCAGCAUUUCCUCUAUAGUUAACUUGGAUGUGCAACCAAUGUAAAGGGCUGCUGUGAUUAUACUUGAGAUUUCUGUGUAAUGCCUAAGACUGAGAAGUAAUACUGUCUUGUGAGGUGAAUGCUGCUAGUGGCGUCUGAACCAAAUGCCAUAGUAUCUGGGUCAAGAGUUGCAGAAGUGCACAUAAGAAAACAUGCUCAUAUAAGUUACCACCAUGUUGAACAGUCAUUAAGUUAUAUGAAAAAAGUUCUAAUUUAUGAAGAUUGUUGUACAGACAGCUUGAGAAAAUAAGAGAUUUUCAUAGAGCUAUAUGAAAGUUUAGUGUUUUAUUAUUUUUUUUAAACUUGUGCCACACAAUUGCCAGUGGUAACUUGUAUGUACAGUUUAAAGGAAUCUUUUUGUGGUGUUUGUUAAAGCCAAAGACUUUUGUUUUUCAGUAGAAUGUUGCCUAAAGUUUAUUAUUUUCCUUUCUUUGACAUUUUUGAAUAAAACCUUUUAAAAUUUUCAACUUUUAA